AUGGAUAGUGAUACGAAGGACAGUGCUGCUUUCAGCCCAUCCCCUAUCGACAUUGUUGUGGUCAGGAUCAUGCUUGCGCGGGGUCUAAAGCUACCCACUGACUUGGUCAACGUUAUAUUCGACCACGCCGAGUACUGGGCUCACUCGAGCAACGAAAUCGAUUACAUCGCUGAGCAUGGUGACCCUCUGAGCAUCUUAGGAAAGAGUCGCACCAACAACAGGCUUGUGCUUCGAGCAUUUCCUGUUGGUUUGACGGGAUUGACAGACGCGAACGAAAGGGACCUUGCCGAAGAGCUGGCGUGGGACAAGAAUGAGGCCAAGCCACUACCGCUCAGUAGGGAGCAUGAUCCCAAAUACUUCAAGCGGCUGCCAAAGUAUCCUAUGCCGACACUUGUCAGACCUGUCCGCAAGAUUGUCUUUUCUAUCCGCAGCGCAGACCAAGGAUGGGGAGGUGAACUUGGGAACCGGGGAACAUACAAGGGCGCUUGGAGCUGGUUCGAGGCCGGCUUAGAGAGAUUCGACGCCGAUCAGACUUGCACUCCCGACUGCACGUAUGACGUCCGAUUCAAGUCAUCCUUGUCCAAAGAAUCCCCACUACCUGUCUGUGGUCUACGACCUCUGAAUCCUGAGAUCGAGCCUAUCCCUGAAGGGAAUGGCAAAUUCCAGUACAAGCAUCCGAUCAAUCACAUCGAAUCUCUGGUAGUCCAGCGCAACAUGACAGCAACGAAGGACCCUCAAGACCAUGAGAUUACAUGGUCGUAUCUGGACAAUAUCCGGAGCGAUUCGUCCGAGGCCAAGGAGAUUGAUGAGCUGCAGGGCAGGGGGAGGGAGACCCUGGAUGGAUCAUUCGUCAGGGAUUUGAAGCUGGGAGACGUGGUUACGCUAUGGGCGAAGGCGAGGUUUCCGGGCUGGAAAAACAACGUCGAGAAGGUCAAGAUAGAUGUGUACUGGGCAGUUUAG